AGUCAGGACUGUCCGCGCAACGCCGCCUGUGACGCUCACUCGUCUGUAAUUACUUUAAAAUAACUGCAAGGUGUAUUAUCUGUGGAAAAGUCAUCGUAUUUUGAGGCGGGGAUGGCGGACGAGUGCGGAGUGAGGGUGGUGUGUCGGUUCAGGCCACUGAACGAAUCCGAAAUCAACAGAGGAGACAAGUACGUGCCCAAAUUCAGAGGUGAAGACACCGUGGUGAUCGCUGGGAAGCCGUAUGUGUUUGACAGAGUUAUUCCACCCAACUCGACACAGGAGCAGGUGUAUGAAUCGUGUGCGAAAGACAUCGUCAGAGAUGUUCUGAGUGGCUACAAUGGCACCAUAUUCACCUACGGCCAAACUUCCUCAGGGAAAACGCACACCAUGGAGGGAAAACUUCACGAUCCUCAGCUUAUGGGGAUUAUUCCUCGUAUUGCUCAUGACAUUUUCGAUCAUAUUUACUCCAUCGAGGAGAACCUGGAGUUCCAUAUUAAGGUUUCCUACUUUGAAAUUUAUCUGGAAAAAAUCAGGGAUUUGCUGGAUGUGUCAAAGACCAACCUGGCAGUGCAUGAGGAUAAAAAUCGUGUUCCAUAUGUGAAGGGUUGUACUGAGCGCUUUGUCUCCAGUCCAGAGGAGAUGAUGGAUGUGAUUGAUGAAGGAAAAUCAAACCGACACGUGGCCGUAACCAAUAUGAAUGAGCACAGCUCCCGCAGCCACAGCAUCUUCCUCAUCAACAUCAAACAGGAGCACCUGGACACAGAGCACAAACUCACAGGCAAACUGUACCUGGUCGACCUGGCUGGCAGUGAAAAGGUCAGUAAAACGGGAGCAGCCGGAGCGGUACUGGACGAGGCUAAAAACAUCAACAAGUCUCUGUCUGCUCUUGGCAACGUCAUCUCUGCACUGGCAGAGGGCACCAAGACUCACGUGCCGUAUCGUGACAGUAAGAUGACUCGGAUUCUGCAGGAUUCUCUGGGUGGAAACUGCAGGACCACAAUAAUCAUCUGCUGCUCUCCAUCCGUCUUUAAUGAGGCUGAGACCAAAUCCACUCUACUGUUCGGACAGAGAGCUAAGAGCAUCAGGAACACCGUGUGUGUGAAUGUGGAGCUGACAGCAGAGGAGUGGAAGAAGAAAUAUGAGAAGGAGAAACAGAAAAGAGAGAGUCUGAAAGGCAUCAUAGAGAAACUGCAGACAGAGCUCAACCAGUGGAGGAACGGUGUUUGUGUACCUGUGCAGGAGCAGCUGAAUGAUGAUGAUCAGAACGUGAUUUGUGACAGUACACCAGUCAUCAGCAGCACUCUACCCUCCAUCACCACGGUUACUGCUAUAGAGAAGGAUCAGCAUGAGGAGAACCUCAGAAACCUUUACAAACAAAUGGAUGACAAGGAUGAUGAGAUUAAUGUGCAGACUCAGCUGGCUGAGAAACUGAAGCAGCAAAUGGAGGUGCAGGAAGAGUUGUUGGCAUCAUCGCAGCAGGACAGUGUGCGGUUGCAGGAGGAGCUGUGCUCUUUGCAAAUGGAUAAUGAGGAGCUGAGGGGGGAGGUGAGGGAGGUGCUGUCUGCACUGGAGGAGCUCGCACUCAGCUACGACCAGAAGUGCCAGGAGGCAUCUGCCUGCGCGCUCGCCAACCACACGAUCACCCAGCAGCUCACACUGAAGAAUGAGCUUCUAGAGGCUGCUCAAAGGGACUUGGCAGAGCAGCUGGAGGUUAGUGCUAUCCAGAGGAGGAGAGCAGUAGAGAUUCUCAGUCUGCUGUUGAGAGACCUCAGCGAUAUGGGAGCCGUCAUGGGUACCAAGGAUAUUAAAACGUUGUGUGAUGGCAGCUCUUCUCUAGAAGAGGAGUUUACAGUGGCUCGGCUCUUCCUCACCAAACUAAAGUCUGAACUGAAAAGCCUCAUCAAUCGCAGCAAGCAGCUGGAGACUGCCCAUGAUCAUGCCUCUCUCAAGAUACUGGCCAAGGAGAGAGAGCUGGCCUCCUGUCAGUUACUCAUCUCCCAGCAUCAGGUGAAGAUCAAGUCUCUGACAGACUACAUGCAGAAUGCUGAGGAGAGGAGGAGACAGCUGGAGCUCAGUCAGCACAGGCUAACGGAGGAGCUAGCCAAAGUGCACACACUCGAAAGCAGUCAGGACUUGUGUGAACUUGAGACGGAGAAAGAGCAGCUAAAAAUUAACCACACACCGGAAAACAAGAGUGUUCUGAUUGAGGUCCACAUGGAGACCCCUCAGAAGCAGCUGGUCCACCUGCAAGAUGAACUGUGCAGCAAACAGAGGAUGCUAGAUGAAGUGCAGGAGUGUAAUGAGAACUUGCUGUUGGAGCAGAGAAAACUGCGUUCCGAUUAUGACGCUCUGAAGAUGCAGGAGCAGGAGAAAGAUCAUAAACUGCAGAAAUUGGUCUUGCUUAAUGAAAAGAGGGAGCUGGCCGGUCAAGAGCUGAGGGGUCUUGAGGAGACAGUGGCCGGAGAGCUGCAGACCUUACAUAAUUUGCGAAAGCUGUUUGUGCAGGAUCUGUUGACACGUGUGAAAAAGAGCUUUAAGCUGGACUGUGAAGAAGGUGGGAACAGUUUACUACAGAAACAGAAGAUCUGCUUCCUGGAGAACAAUCUAGAACAGCUCACUAGAGUCCAUAAACAGCUGGCUCGGGAUAACGCAGAUCUGCGCUGUGAGCUGCCCAAGCUGGAGAAGCGUCUACGUGCGACUGCAGAGAGGGUGAAGGCUCUGGAGACGGCCCUCAGAGAGGCCAAAGAGAGCGCUGCACAAGAUCGCAAACUCUACCAGCAGGAGGUGGACCGCAUUAAAGACACAGUCCGAGCAAAGAACAUGGCACGACGUGGACACUCUGCUCUCAUCGCCAAGCCCAUUCGUGCCGGUCACCAUCACACAUUCUGUCCAGUUGCUUUGAGAGGAGGACCAACCAUCUACAGCUAUCAUCAUGUUUAGUCAACGCUGCAGCUGCAACUACUAACGACUACGCUGCAGUCGUCCCCGUGACAACUGCCAAACCACAGCUUUUACUCUUUUACGCUAGUCUUACUUGCUGCUGUGGUUAUCGCCAGGGCAACAGAAUCUUUUGUGACAAGUUCUGUGAUGUCAAACACUACAUCAGAGCAUGAUCAGCCCUUUUCUACCACUAGAGGACACUACCACAUAAGUGAUUUGAUUGCUUCACUCAGAAUGGUCUGUAUCUUAUGGCACUUUAUCUGCAGAUUUUUGGGGGUGUUUUUGUCUGUCUGUCACUCCACUGUCUGAAUUUAUGUCUGUUUAAAGUUAUUAAAUAUUAUGUUCAGAUGCAUGUUCUCUCAUCUGAUAUGCUGCAAGGCUUGUAACACUAAGGUCACUUUCUAGGAAUCUCCUUUUCCUUCGUCCUCCUCAUGGCUGUCUGUGAACACUACAGCUGUACGUCAGGGCUGAUGAUGUAUUAUCAAAUCUGAUGUUCUGAUUAAAAUAAUUCUGUGAACUUGUAAUAGUUUGAGUGCUAGUAAAGCAUUAAGCAAAACAGUUAUUCUCUAGGAACUUAAAAGCUAGCUGACUGAAGAGAGAGGGUCUGUAAAAGGGGAAUUUUUCAAAUUCAGCAUUGUUAUGGUUGUGGUGGUUGUGGUUGUGGUGGUGGUGGUUAAGAGUGGUUUGAUGUGACAUGGUUCUUUGCAGAUAAAGGUACUGACUCGGAUUUCUUUACAGUGGUGGUGAUGGGAACCAGAGGCCGUAAUGACUGCAACAUGAAUAUAGCCGUUGUAAUUGCUAUCUGAAAGAGCGAGCCUACAUGUGUCUUCUGAGUUUUACAUGUUAUGCCGAUGAAGUGAAUAUAGUGGUAAAUAUCAAACGUUGUACUUCUGCACGUUUUAACGCACAGUUACGGUUAUUAUAGAUUGCUGUGUAACAUUUUGGGGGGGAAAGUAAAGCAUAAAAUGUUGCCUGUGCAAAAAGUUAUGGCAUUUGUUUUAUGCUUGUUAUCUUUACUCAGCAAAUAAACAGAUACAUGCACUAACAUGAAGAAAAUGCCAUAUUUAAGUUCCCUGUAGAGGAUGUAUUCACUGAUUUUUCACAUCAGCAAAAAAUGUAGUGGUGUUCUAACUUUUGCAUACAGACGUAUUUUGCUUUACAGUGCCCUGCAUGUACUUCUUUGCUUUGAAUGGCUUUUGUGUAAUAGGACAAAAUCUUAUAGUAAAACAAUGUAUUAGUGUAGAUGUGAAUGUUUCAUGUAGUAACUUUCCGUGAGGGCGCUUUGAGAGAGCUGAAAGGCUUCAAAUGUCUGGUUCCCAUCAAAACCACUGUGAAAAAUUCACUCCAAGUUUCUCUACAGGAAAGUAUUUUACAUCAAACCGCUCUGAAUGACUGUUGUAGACAUUUUUGGGGAAUUGUUUUGAAAACAUUUUGUUGGGUUAAGGUUUGAAGGUGUCCUUUGGGGACAGUUUUACCAGCCCCCUCUAGAUGUAGAUCAGGUGUUCCAGAAUAGUUUAUCCGAUUUUUGGUUGUUAGUCAAUUAGCGUAGGUAGAAAUGGUAACAGUGGGUUAGAGCACUUCAGACACUCCAGUCUCAGUCAGCUGGUACUGUUUAGGCUACUUUUAUCUGUUGAAUCUACUCUUUUUCUGCCUUCUCCUGCAGUAUAACUUCUCUUUUAUGUAACAGGAUGAAGUGAAAUGGUAGAAAUCAGGACACCAGUUUUCCAGUUUGUCUUUAGGUUUCCUUUUCGGGUGAGUUUUUCAUUUUUCCACAAAGACGAAUGAGCUUUAGUGCACUUAUGAGAAAUGGACAAUGUUUACUUUUGUAGAUAAGCAUUUAAAGAAUGACUGACUACUGCGUAUAAUUAAAAGAAAGCAGGGAUAUAAUAACUAAGACUACUGUAACUUACUAAGAUAUUCAUUGUAAAUGUUGAAACUGAACCAAAUAAAGAUGAUUUUCAUAUAUUU